UAUUAAUAGCCUAGACAUCUCUUCAUUUAUUUGCAUUCACCCCGAAAGAGAGUAGCAAAGACUAAAGAAAUUACGAAAAAAAAUAAAUAAUACAGUUAAUACUCUUAUAGCUAUAUCAUGGCUGAAGUAGUCCUCUAUGUUUAUGACAUGAACAGAAGUGGUGGGCACGACGCUCACAACUUCGCCGUAGUCCAAAUGAAUAAUCUCCUCAAAGAUGGCAUCAAUUUCGGCGGCCUCUUCCACACCGCCGUCCAAAUUUACGGCAACGAUGAAUGGGCCUACGGCCACACCAACAAAGGCAGCGGCGUUUUCAGUUGCCCCGCUGGUAAAAACCCUAGCUACACCCUCCGCGAGAAAAUUAUACUGGGCAGAACAGAGUGUUCCCCUUCAAAAGUCAACAAAAUUUUAAAGGAGCUCAUGGACUCGUGGCCUGGCAACAAGUACAACUUCGUGUCAAGAAACUCGAAGCAUUUCAGCAAUGAGUUGUUAGAAAGACUUGGGGUACCUAAGCUCCCCGGUUGGGUUAACAGGGUUACUAACAUAGCAGAUGCUGCAAAGGAUGCAGCAGGUACUCUGCUUAAUGCUAAAGACAAAGCAUUAAAACUAGUAUGGAAUCCUAUAGAUUUCGCUUUCGGGAGUAGCUCUAAGAAUAAAUCCAGUAGUACUAAAUCAGUAAAAGCUACCCCUUGUGAAUUUAAUAUAAUCAACAUCAACUAUUUCACUGAAAACUUCACAGUUUCAGCUCCUGUUAUACAAAAUGAAGAUGAUGAUGAACAUGUCAACCACCAGCUGCCUGAAAUCAAAGCCAUUGAAGAGCCUCCUGCUAUCCAAAUAGUUGAAGAGCCAGAUGAAGAUGAUGUACCUGUUAUCCACAAAGAUGAUGACAAGUCCCAUGUUAUAGAGAGCGACGACGAGAGUACUACUGUUGUCCGCAAAGAUGAGGAGCCUAGUACUGUUAUUCACACCGACGACAAGCGCGUGCCCAUGCAUGCCUGAGUUUGCACUAGGAAACAGAAUUUCCUUGUUGGGAGAUAAAUAGAAACUGUUUCAGUACUGGCCUUUGAUUGUAAAUUACUCCUAGUUCUGUUCUUUUUUUUAUUUUUAAUUUUAUUUGGUCUGUUUCUGUGUGUGUUCGUUUUUGUUUUGCUCUACGUAAAUAAUGUUUGUGUGUAAUUGUGUCAGAUUUAGUUUUAGAAGAAUCUCCUCUUUGUUUCUACUCCUCCUUUGUUUGGAAUACUAUUUCUCUCGUCACUUUGUAUCACUGUAUUAUGAUCCUUAAGAUAAAGUGAAUGCUAGUUGACGGUGGUAUGCUAGCUUGAAUUUCUUUC